ACCAUCCCAAAUAGUGGUUAUUUGGGAGUCUUAUAUAAUAAUAUUAUUCAAACCGAUACGAUACAAUCAACACAGAUUUCCUUGAAGAUCAAAGCUUGUGUCGUCGGUAAUGGAGACAGUGGGAUCAACGCGAGCAUUACUCAAGUACGAGUGCUUGCUUUUUGAUAUGGACGAUACGCUAUACCCCAUGAGCACGGGUCUUAAUUAUGCUUGCCGCAAGAACAUUGAAGAAUUUAUGUCGACCUACUUGAACAUAGAAGAAUCUCAAGUCCCGGAUAUGUGCUUGGACUUGUACCGAGAACACGGGACAACAAUGGCUGGUCUAAAGGCUCUUGGUUACAAGUUUGAUGAUGAUGCAUAUCAUGCUUUUGUUCAUGGAACCUUACCUUACCUUGCUCUCAAACCUGAUUUGGUGCUAAGAAACCUUUUGUUGUCAAUGCCACAACGAAAAAUUAUAUUCACAAACGCGGAUAAAGCUCACGCAGCUCGGGUCUUGAAUAGGCUGGGCUUGGAAGACUGUUUUGAAGGUAUCAUAUGCUUUGAGACGCUUAACACUCAUCCGGUAAAAGAAGUCGAAACUCAAAAUGAUGGUGGGAUGAACAAUUCUAGCGAUGAAUCUGCGACGCGAAUCAUUUGCAAACCAGCUCUUGAGUCGUUCCAAGCUGCUACAGUCAUCGCUAAUCUUGACCCGAACAAAACGAUCUUCUUUGACGACAGCGUUAGAAACAUUGCGACAGCAAAGACAGCCGGAUUUCAUACCGUCAUUGUGGGAAAGUCGAGUCUUGUACCCGGAGCAGAUCAUGCUUUAAGCAGCAUCCAUAAUAUUAGAGAAGCAUUGCCUGAGUUAUGGGAGGAUGAAGGAGAACAUUUGGAACAAAUUUUCUUCAAGCAGUCUGCUGUGGAAACCGUUGUCAACGCGUAAAAUAUGAAGUGUCUGUCGAAUCUGCGGCGUUCGUGGGGAUGGCGUAGAUGGUCCUAAGUGGCGUCCGUGGGCGUCCAUGAGGUCCGCCUCGCGGAUGGUUUAAAUACAUAUGUAUUAAUCACCUUUUAUACCUGAUAAGAUGGUAUAUGAAUAAUGUUUGAUAAUAAAGAUUCAAACAAGUUAAUUAUCUCAAAAGUUUUCUGAUUGAUAGAUUGUCUUUUUUUUUUUUUUGUGAAUUGAAGAUGGGAUUUGUUCUCAGAUUUUGUCUUAGAAUAAAUCUUUUCGGAUUA